AUGGGACGGUGUGGACCAUCCUUCAGUCAAAUGAACGUCCAGGGAGAAGGCAGCCAAAAUGUUCUGACUGAAGCUGCCGGUCCCACCGCGCACGCAAAGUGCAACAUCGAAGAUGCGCUCACUGCCUUUCUGUGUUUGUUUGACGAUGGCAUGUUGAAACACAUCAGGGACUGCACUGUGGCUGAGGCACAUCAGCACCGUGGUGACAGCUCAUGGGACCUGACAGUGGCUGAACUGAAAGCCUUCAUAGCUCUGUUAUAUAUCCGUGGAGCACAGGGUGCGAAGAACAUGGAUUUGGGGAGCCUUUGGUCGGAGAAAUGGGGCUUCCCGUUUUUCAAAGAAACCAUAGCCAGAAAUCGCUUCAGGGAGAUAAUGAGAUUCCUGCGGUUCGAUAAAAAAGAAACCCGACAUGUGCGUCUGCAGGAUGACAGGUUUGCCCUGGUAUCGGCCACUUGGAACAAGUUUAUUCAGAACAGCAUAGCCUGUUACAAGCCCGGUGCCGACAUAACCAUAGAUGAGCACCUAUUCCCCACCAAGGCCCGGUGCAGAUUUCUUCAGUACAUGGGGAAUAAGCCUGAUAAAUUUGGCAUCAAAUUUUGGCUGGCUGCUGAUGUCCGUUCGAAAUACAUGCUGAACGGGGCUCCGUUUCUGGGUAAAGAAGAGGCACGGAGCAGAGGUCAGCUCGUGGGAGAGAGUGUGGUGCUGAAACUGGCGGAGCCAUUCUUGGGUAAGGGAAGAAAUAUUACAACGGAUAAUUUCUUCACUUCACUGAAACUGGCCACCGCCUUACAGGCCAAGAAGACCAGCCUGGUUGGCACUAUGGGAAAAAGUAAGCGCGAGUUGCCCCCCUCCGCAAAAGAGCAAGCGGAGUUGUAUAACACAAAAGUGCUAAAAUGUGCGGAUGCGACGCUCACGAUAUACCAGGGAAAGCCGAGGAAGAAUGUGUGCAUUUUGAGCUCCGUACACACAAGCGUGGGCAUCACCGAUGGGCCGAAAGCAAAGCCGGAGUCUGUGACCUAUUACAACAACACCAAGUAUGGGGUGGAUGUCCUAGAUCAGAUGGCACGGGCAUACUCUGUGAAAGGCGGUACGCGUAGAAGGCCAGUGGCUGUAUUUUACAACAUCCUCGACCUUGCUGGAAUCAAUGCCCACAUCCUCUUCAAGGAGUGCACCAGCAGCAAAAUUGCCCGGAGGAAGUUCCUGCUGCGACUGGCAGAGGAGCUGAGAGCGGAGUUCAUGGAGGGAAAAAGGGCAGCAUCGCAGUUGACACAAGGUCCCAACCAAAAAAAUCAACCCCCGCAACUGACACCAAAACGGAGACAGUGUCAGGUGCGGAGAAUCUGCAAACAAAAUAAAACGCAUGACACCUGCUGCAAAUGCCACAAACCCGUGUGUGGAAAUUGUGCGAGAAGAACAGAAGUAACUUGUGUUGACUGUGAAUCUUAAAUAGCCGAGCACGAUAUAGAUUUAUUUAAUAUAGAAUUUGUAGCGUAAUUGUUUUAUGGUUCCAAACUUCGUUCGUGACUCUUUUUAACUUUAGAGCUGCUUGUUUCCAGCUUAUGUUCUGUGUUAUAAUGUAUCAUAAAUGUUGUAACAUUUUUUUUUCAUAAUCAAAUAGAUCAUUUUAAAUGUUAUUUUGUUGUUCUGAGUUAUGUAAAAUAAAUACAGAGAAAUACUGAAUAUGCAAUAAUUACAUUUUACUAUGAAAUGAUGCGAAUAUUUCUAAAUUUAUAAUUAUCAUUUUUAACUAAAUAAAAAAUGUAAAUGUUGGUGUUAUUUGUUUUUUUAAAAGAUAUCCUAACACAGUUAAUACAUUAAUCUCUCAUUUGGGCAAUUUAUUUAGAGAUUAUAGCGUUUAUAAUAUAGCGGUCAAAAUGACCGCUCACGGCUGUUCUAGUAGUUUUGGAAUUCUGGCGCUUCUAG